GCAUGACCACACGCUGUCUAUUAACAGCCAGAACAGAGCUUUUCCCGUGCCACCAGACUCAUGUCUCUGAGACAUUCUAUGUGAAGCAGAGGAAAAUUUGAUGUUUGAUGAGAAAAACGGUCAUUUCACAUCAGAUCUUCAGCUAAUCUACAAUCCAACAACCAAGAGAGCUCCAUCGAUCAUGAACUCGAGCACUGAAGCUCUAUCCACACACCCCACAGACUGCGCUGAGGUCCAGGUCCCCAGUCAGGUGUUCAUGGCCAUCGCUGUGGCCAGUCUGAGCGAGAACAUCUUGGUGAUCCUAGCCGUCAUCAAGAACAGGAACCUUCACUCUCCUAUGUACUGCUUCAUCUGCAACCUGGCCGUGUUUAACACCAUCUCCAGCCUCUGCAAGUCUUUGGAGACCAUCCUGCUGCUGUUUAAAGAGGCCGGACACCUGAACGGUCGUUUCGAGCUAAAUAUAGAUGACAUCAUGGACUCUCUACUCUGCAUGUGCUUCCUGGGCUCCAUCUUCAGCAUCCUCACCAUAGCCGUGGACCGCUACAUCAGCAUAUUCCACGCUCUACGCUAUCACACGCUCAUGACCAUGCGUCGCGUGGUGGUAACGUUGUCCACCAUCUGGGUGUUCUGUGGCACCAGCGGAGUGCUCAUGAUCGGGUUCUCCAAUGCUGCUACGGUGAAAAUCUUCUUCGUUGUGCUCUUCUUCACAGCUCUGCUCCUCAUCCUCUUGCUCUAUGUACAUAUGUUCCUGUUAGCGCGCCACCAUGCCAACAGGAUCGCAUCUAUGCCAGGACUUCACGCGCGCCAGAGACAAAGUGGCUUGAGGGGGGCGCUGACACUAACCAUCUUGAUUGGGGUGUUUGUGGCCUGCUGGGCUCCUUUCUCUCUUCAUCUGCUGAUUUCAAUGAUUUGCCCAGAGAACCCGUACUGUGAGUGCUACCGCUCACUCUUCCAGCUGCAUGUACUGCUACUGGUGAGUCACGCUGUCAUUGAGCCAGCCAUUUAUGCUUUCCGUAGCACGGAGCUGCGCAACACCUACAAGAAAGUGUUCCUGUGUUCAGCUUCAAGGAUCUUUAAAGAAUGUGUCUGAGUGAGGCGUGUGUCCCAGCAAUACAUGCUUCACACUGCUGAAGGAUAAAAAAAAGUCUACAGAACUGCUGCUUUUUCAAAUGGAAAUGAAAGAGGCUACAGAUAAGAUAUUGAAAGACCACAACAAUAUUUAUUUAAAGCAAACUGUGCCAUAACACUCAUUCUCUCUUGAGUUAAUGCAUUAACCUAGGUAUAAGUACAGUAACAAAUAUUUAUUACACCAGUGUUAAUUUGUGAAUUGGAUAUCAAUUGUUUAAUAAUACAUUGAUCAUUUAUAAUUCAACUUGUUAAAAUGUAUUAGUCUAUGAGUAUAACACUUUUGGUAACACUUCAUAAUAUCUGUUAAUAUUAGUUAAAUGCAUUAGUUGAAACAAACUAACAUAAUGAAAAAUACUUCUAAAAUCAUUUUUAAUUUUAGUUAAUGUAUAAAUAUACUAGUAUAUUAUUAAAAUCGAGUUUAAAACUAGUUUAAAAAAAUUUAAUUCUUUUUUUAUAUAUUUUUUCCAUUUUAGGUUUAAAGUUUAGGUAAUUUAGUUUUGCCUUUCAUUUUUAUUCUUUUUUUAUUUUUUGGAACAGUUUUUAUUUAUUUUGUAUUAUUUUUAAAAACAGUUCCAGUUUUAGUUUGGUACCUGAAGUUAAACUAAAUAAAAACUGAAAUGAUCUUUGAUCAAUUUAAUGCAUCCAUCCUUGCUGAAUAAAAGUAGUGCAAUGAAUUAAAAACAAAACAAACAGAAAAAAAUAAAAAAUAAAAACAGAACCUUUUUCAUUUUUAGUUCAUGAGUGUUAGUGCAUUAACUAAAGAUAAUACAUUAAAUAUUAUCAUAAAGUGUUACAAAAUCUUUUUGUAUACAGGAAAGUAUAUAUUUGUCCAACCAGUAGCUCAUUAAAAGGCCUGUCACUUAUGAGAUAGAAUACUUAGCAAUCAAAAUAUACCCAUACAAUCUUUACGAAGAAGAAUUACCAGCUGGUUUUUAAUUGCAAUUAAAAAAUCAGAAGA